UCCCGGUGGUGACGUAGAGGAGGUGGGGGCAGGGCCGGUUUGUUGUGUUCCUCAGCAGCGAACGGACUCUCGGCUGUAACGCUCACACACCCCUCCAUGGCGAUGAACUACAAGGAGGAGGACGGGCACCACAACUCGGGUGUGGGCCCUGGCUUGGCCGCGAAGAGUAAGAAGCCGGACAACACGGCCUUCAAACAGCAGCGGCUUCCGGCUUGGCAGCCCAUCCUCACCGCCGGGACCGUCCUACCGGCCUUCUUCGUCAUCGGGAUCAUUUUCAUCCCCAUUGGGAUCGGCAUCUUCGUCACCUCCAACAACAUUCGGGAAUUUGAGAUUGACUACACUGGGAUAGAUUCCAAUAGCCCAUGCCACAAGUGCUUGAAUACUUCAUGGAGCAACAUAUCGUGUACUUGUAAUAUUUCUUUUACGCUGGAUACUGCAUUCGAGAGUAAUGUGUUCAUGUACUAUGGGCUGUCUAACUUCUACCAGAAUCAUCGCCGGUAUGUUAAGUCUAGAGAUGACAGUCAGUUGAAUGGAGAUAAAAAUUCCCUAACUAAUCCCAGCAAAGAAUGUGAUCCUUAUCGUACCAGUAACAAUAUGCCUAUUGCUCCUUGUGGUGCUAUCGCAAACAGUAUGUUCAAUGAUACUCUCCGCUUGGUAAGAAUCACAAAUGGCAGCGAAGAGGCCAUUACAUUGACCAAGAAAGGGAUUGCUUGGUGGACUGAUAAAAAUGUAAAAUUCAAAAAUCCAGCAGGAAACACAACAGACCUGAAACAAAUCUUUAAAGACACAACUAAGCCAAUUAAUUGGCAGAUACCAGUGUAUGAGUUAGAUUCUAAAGAUCAGGACAACAAUGGAUUCGUCAACGAAGAUUUUAUUGUAUGGAUGCGUACUGCAGCAUUGCCAACAUUCAGAAAGCUUUAUGGCCUCAUAGAAAAGACUGAUUCUUCACAAGUAGCAUUGAAGCCUGGAAAUUAUACUCUUCAGAUUGUGUACAAUUAUCCUGUCCUCAGCUUCGAUGGAAGAAAGAGAAUGAUUCUAAGCACAAUUUCGUGGAUGGGGGGAAAGAAUCCGUUUUUAGGAAUUGCAUACAUAACUGUGGGCUCAGUCUGUUUUUUCUUGGGUGUUGUGCUUCUCAUCAUACACACCAAAUAUGGCAACCGUAAUAACAGCCCUGAUAUUCCAAACUAAUGGUUUGCAUGUGCGUCAAAGCAAGUCUGCACUGCUUGUGUGCUAGCUUUCUGCUGUAGUAUUUCUAAAGCUAUUUAUUUUCUAAUGUGGGCUCAUUUUAAGGCCUUUUUUUAUUUGUUGCUCCUAGG